CUCGAUCAAGGGAUAAUACAGUCCAUUUCUGCUUCAAUUCAAAGGAUAGUGCCCGCAUUGCUCUUUGUACUUACUGUAGAAUUCUUUCUAGGAAGAGCGGGGAAAGCAACAUCAACAAUUCAGAUAAAUGUGCGUUGCUCUGAGUGCUUGGUAAAGCCUAAAAUGAGGAAAACAUAUGAAAAAAAGAUUCGAAUAAUAAAACAAAGUUCUAUGGAUAGAAUGUGAACAUGUUUAAAGGCUGUGGGGCAGCAGAGGAAGGUCUACCAGCCUGGUGAGUGAGACAGAUGCAGUGGGAGCUCAAGAGAAGACAGAGAGUGGGAGUUGUGUGCUGAAACACAAACCUCUCGCUUCUCCUGUGGUACGCUGUCGAUGGAGGAGAGGAAAGCAAGAGCCACAGGAGCUGGAAGUGCAACAUCGGAGUCAGGAAUGGGUUUUAGGGGCAGGUAAAUUUGGGCAAUGAUACACCUUUCGAAGAUCACGAGGAAAGAAACAGAAGACAAAGUGCGCUGGUUAAGUGAAAUGGCAAAACUGUGCACCCUAGCAGGACCUGGAGAUGACUCCCCCACCCCCAUCUUUUUUCCUCCUUCCACUCUGACCCUCUCCCCUCCUCCUCCUCUAGCACAAACCAGCACUCAUCACAGUGAGAGCGCAGCAUCUCUCCCUCUCCUGCCAUCGCUCCCUCUAGCUCCUCUGAUUGUCAUUCUGCAGCUGGAAGCGGCUUUAGCGGCAUCACACUUGAGAAGAGAAAGUCCGGCGAAGGAAUAACUUGGAGAUUACUUGGCAAGCGACCAAAACAUGCAGACACUUCAAGACUGACAUUUCCACUUCCUACGAAAGAAGACGGAAUUCAAGAGUCACUACUUUUACCCGCUGCCUGAAGCUCAGCCAUGCAGGUGUCCAUCGCCUGCACUGACCACAACCUGAAGAGGGGCAAUGGGGACCACAGCAAGCAGAACGCCACCAGUCCCAGUGUGGUCAACCAAGCCAGGGCCAAGUUCCGCACUGUGGCCAUCAUCGCUCGGAGCUUUGGCUCCUUCACGCCACGCCACAUCUCACUUAAAGAGUCCACGGGGAAACACACUGGCAUGAAAUACAGGAACCUUGGAAAGUCAGGACUGAGAGUAUCUUGCCUAGGACUCGGUACAUGGGUGACUUUUGGGGGUCAGAUAACAGAUGAGGUUGCAGAGCAGCUGAUGACCAUUGCCUACGAGAGUGGGGUCAACCUGUUCGACACCGCCGAAGUUUAUGCUGGUGGCAGAGCCGAAGUGAUUCUUGGAACCAUUAUCAAGAAGAAGUGCUGGAGGAGGUCCAGCCUGGUCAUUACAACCAAACUUUACUGGGGAGGAAAAGCAGAGACAGAAAGAGGACUGUCUAGAAAACAUAUAAUUGAAGGACUCAAAGGGUCUUUACAGAGGAUGCAGUUGGAGUACGUUGACGUUGUUUUUGCCAACCGACCUGACAGCAACACCCCUAUGGAAGAGAUCGUCCGGGCCAUGACUUAUGUGAUCAACCAAGGUAUGGCAAUGUACUGGGGAACGUCACGGUGGACGGCAAUGGAGAUAAUGGAGGCUUACUCUGUGGCAAGACAGUUUAAUCUGAUCCCGCCGGUGUGCGAGCAGGCAGAGUACCAUCUCUUCCAGAGGGAAAAAGUGGAAGUGCAACUGCCUGAACUGUAUCACAAAAUAGGAGUCGGUGCGAUGACUUGGUCACCACUGGCGUGCGGCAUCAUCACGGGGAAGUAUGAGAAUGGCAUUCCUGAAACUUCCAGGGCGUCCAUAAAAUCAUAUCAGUGGCUGAAGGAAAAAAUUGUAAGCGAAGAUGGACGAAAGCAGCAAGCCAAACUAAAGGAGCUUAACCACAUUGCAGAGAAGUUGGGCUGCACGCUACCUCAACUGGCUGUUGCAUGGUGUUUAAGGAAUGAAGGCGUAAGUUCAGUCUUGUUGGGAACAUCCAAUCCUGAGCAGCUCACCGAGAACCUUGGGGCCAUACAGGUCCUUCCCAAGAUGAACUCUCACGUGGUGACAGAAAUCGACCAUAUUCUGGGCAACAGGCCGUACAGUAAGAAGGAUUACCGCUCUUAGACCUUGCUUGUAGGACCAUCAAGAGGUCAAGUGCUGCUACAGACUUCUCACACAGCUAACAAGGAACUGCCUCAGACUGGAACAGAUCCCGCAUUGCAUGACCUGUUUGAGUCAACCUGCUUGGUCCCGCGAGGCUCAUCUCACGUGCGAACCUGAUCAACCUCUGUUUGACGCUUCUAGUUUAGUUAUCUUAGUCCACGUGGCCUGUUUUCGAACAUAACGAGCAACUUGUUAAGUAAGUCUAGAACAAGGGUGAGCAAACUUUUUUUUUUUGCCUAAUGAAAAAAAUUGGCUAUAUUCUUGGCGAUUUUGUCAUGUACAAAUACCAACAUAAUGGAAAACAAAAUCUGUGACCCCAGGAAUCCGUAUCAGAAAACAAGAUUUUAAGGCUCAACUUACCUGUAUACUAUACUGUAUUACAUUUGAUCAAACUACAGAUAACACGGCACAUCUGUGAGAAUGCAGUGUCAUGACAGCUUUAUCUAUAUUUUAAUACAAACAAAGUACAUGGGCAUGACAAAUAAGUGAGUGAAUACUUAAGAGGAUUUUGGCAAUGACUGUGACGAUCACACGUUUUGGCAACAGACACUCCAAAAUUCACUUCUUUGCCAGAGGGACAUACUUUUUCAUGACUCAUAUAUACACUCACUGGUCACUUUAUUAGGUACACCUGUCCAACUGCUCGUUAACACUUAAUUUCUAAUCAGCCAAUCAUAAGGCGGCAACUCAGUGCAUUUACGCAUGUAGACAUGGUUUAAGACAAUCUCCUGCAGUUCAAACCGAGCAUCAGUAUGGGGAAGAAAGGUGAUUUGAGUGACUUCGAACGUGGCAUGGUUGUUGGUGUCAGAAGGGCUGGUCUGAGUAUUUCAGAAACUGCUGAUUUACUGGGAUUUUCACGCACAACCAUCUCUAGGGUUUACAGAGAAUGGUCCGAAAAAGAAAAAAUAUCCAGUGAGCGGCAGUUCUGUGGGCGGAAAUGCCUUAUUGAUGCCAGAGGUCAGAGGAGAAUGGCCAGACUGGUUUGCGCUGAUAGAAAGGCAACAGUCGCCACGUUUACAUGGAGCCAAAUAUUCCAAUUACAAUUGGAAUAUUUGUUCAAACCGAAUAAAUGUGUUCCAUAUAAACACCUCAUUCAGAAUGAACAGGCCCAAACCGAAUGGAAUUUCAUUCCGAUUCACAGGGGUGGAAUAUUCCUUUUCCCAAACCGAUUAGAAGUAAAAUUAUAUCAUGUAAACAGGGAAGCGGAAUGGUGUCUGGUUGCGUUCUUUCUGCGCAUGCUCCGUACUGACGUGGUGACGUCACUUGGUGACGUAAGUAACGUCACUUGCAACAUGGCUUCCAAGCACACGCACAGCGCACCCACACAACUUUUUAAAUGAACGGCGUAUCAUUCUGAAGUUUUGUUUCCACUCGAAAAGUUAAAACAGCAGCUGAUCUGAUGAUCGAUCUCCAUGUUUUGCAACGUGACGCUUUGUUUUGAUUAAUCUGCGCAUGUCAGACGGCAGUUGUCAAACGUCCUUUCGGAAUAAAGGCAGUCACAUGUAAACGCUGGAUCGGAAUAGAUGAAGUGACAUGUAAACAGCUGAUGUGAAAUUUCCAAUCGGAAUGAUUUGAAUCGGUAUGAAUAAAAGUCAGCAUGUAAACGUGGCUAGUGACUCAAAUAACCACCCACCCCAAUAACCACAAUCUAUGCCAUGAAGAAAUGAGGCAGUUCUGAAGGCAAAAGGUGGUCCAACCCGUUACUAGCAUGGUGUACCGAAUAAAGUGGCCGGUGAGUGUAUAUGUGUGUAUAUGUAUAUAUGUAUAUAUAUAUAUAUAUGUGUGUGUGUGUGUGUAUGUAUAUGUACAUUACAGGCCGAAUGUUAAGAAACUCUUCAUUCAAUGCAACACCAAUGAAGGUCCCAACCCCACUGAUAAAGCAAUAUGUAUAUUCUAAUCAACCCUGAAAAGGCAUACCUUUGAAGUCAGAAAAAACAUUUAGGUGACUCCCUUUUGAAGCUCAUCAAGAGAAUGGCAAGAGUGUGCAAAGAAGAAAUUAGAGUAAAGGGUGGCUACUUUAAAGAUUCGAAUAUUAAAAAAGAAUACUAUACAGUUUUAGCAAUUUCACCUUUUUUUGCAAAGUACAUAUUUCCACACUUUCUCAUUCAUAGUUUUAUUCCGUUCAGUGAGAAUUUACAACGCAAUAAUGAGAAGGUGUGUCCAAAACUUUUGGCCUGUACUAUAUAUAUAUAUAUAUAUAUAUAUAUAUAUAUGUGUGUGUGUGUGUGUGAUAUGCAUACACACACAGUAUAUAAAAAGACAAAUGAAAUGGUUCAGGUUUUUAGAUGAGAAGGAAAAUGUAAAAGAAUGUAAAAUUAUAAAAGUUUAUUUUACUAAUACUUUUUUUUUUUUUUUAAAUCAUUAUUUUUGAUUUAGUAGUGAAGCAGUGGUACAGUGUCCCAUAUACCCAUAUAAAAAUGGGUAGGUUGUACCAGAAAGGUGUACAAAUAAAAACUGUGCCAAACAAACCCUGUGAGUGACUCACUGUGGCAACAGAACUCGUGUUUAAAAUUGAUUUAUAUUAUUUAUAUUUACUCAAAAUAUUACAUGUGUAAAAUAGGGUUUUGUGUAUUUUAUUUAUGAUCAAAUAAACUGAAGUUAAUUUAAAUGACUGAUUGAUCACAUGUAAAUGUGUGGUGGGCGAGAUAAAAGAAUUGCAUGGGCCAUAUCCCUCCCACAUGCCAUACUUUGCCCACCCCUGCUCUACUGCAACCUCUCAAUGUAAAUGUGAUGAGUGGCACAUUAGGAACGUUUCACGAAAAAAGUGCCUAGCUUGAAGCCACUCGAAAUUUUAGUAGUGGAGGAAAAAUUAGCCACGUUUUCAUGCUCACGCCACAAAAAAAGCAGCAUCCAAAUCAGAACAGAGAAGCCUGCAUUGAUUUGUAUUUUAUUAUAUUAUAGGGAUAUUAUUGUUACUGUGUUUGCAUUGGUAGCAACACAGCUUUAACUCAAACUUACAAUCAAUGUAAAAUGUCUCCACAUCAAUGUUAAAAUACUGAUUGUGGUCUGCUUGGGGUUCUUUUUCAUCAGAUGCUCCUUAUUUAUGGAAUUAUGAGCCGUUCCAAAUACCAGUAAUUUAAUUGUGCACGUAGCAUAGUAUGUGGUGCGCACAGUGCAAAUCUGUGCGGCAAAUAUCUAAAUUGGUUAUUUUUACUUCUCUUAAAAAAAAAAAAAAGUGAUCGGUUUUUAAUGAAGUCAUACAGGAGAAAAAAAAGUUUUUAAAUUAUUUCAUUGGUCUCAUUUUUAUCUCACAAAACCCUGCAUUUUAAGAGUGGGGUGUAAACAUUGAAAUGUAAUGAAUAUGACUGAUGAAAAAUACUUGGUUACACAAAAUUGUAUUAAUGCCCGAGUCCCAUUUUUCUUGCUUUACGUCUCUGAUAUGACAUCUGAAGGCAGAAUAUUCACAAGACAGCUCGUUAUGUAGAGAAGUGAAGGAGUGACCUUUUGAGUCUUUCACAGGUGCAGUGUGAAAUUUGCAUUAAUUUCAGUGUAAUGCUAGUUGUAUGCUUCCAUAUGAUCCAAACUCUCAAAUUUAUUUGGCUUAUAUUAUAUUGCUAAACAAUUCCUGACCAAAAUACACCAAACACACAAACACGGAUGUCAAAUAACUCAAGAAAGUGGUUGCAAUGGCCUCUUCACAGAAUUAAGAUAUUAAAUAGGAUGCUUGGACAAAAUCCUAACUUGCUUACCGCGAUUAAAUCGACUAAUUGCGUGCACCCCACUGUAAGUCACGUAGGCUUAAUAUGAACAUCAAUGAUACAAUUGCAAAAAAUAUUUUCAAACAAAUGAGUAUAACUGUGUAUAAUAAUUUCACUAUGAAUCUCUCCACUUUCCUUUGGUCAGAUGGAAAGAUGUCGCUCUCAUGUGGUCAAUAGAGGAACUGAAUGUCAGGAGAAGAAAAGUGUACACCUUCUUCCAUCCAAGUGGAUUCAUUUUGCCCCAACGAAACCUGCAUUGCAAUUUACUAAUAUAUGGAACAUACACGGCUAUUCACAUAUUAUUUCUUCCUGAUUUCAUUAAGAUCCAGGCAGUAGCCAGUAUUUUGACAUGUUCUAGAAGUACCGUGAGUCCUAUUCUUGUGCUGUAGCCGGCAUUUGGAGCUGUAGUUUAACAAGGUAUAUAGAAUGCAACAUAUGGUAUAGUAGCCUUGCGCCAUAUCAAUCAACAUCUAGAGGCCUCUUGCAUUUGAAAAUUUGUAUUUUACUGUACAUGGUUAUUGAUUGUUAUUAUAGAAAAUGUAAAUUUUUUUACAUUUGUGAUUAGGCACUUAUUAUCAAAAGUGUAUUCUGAAAGACAAUUCAUUUCUAACAAUAAACAGUUCAAGCUUAAUUUGUCAGAUUUUUAGGAGUAUUAACUCUACAUGUUCCAAAUGACAUUUGAAUAGUGUCCUCUGCUCAUCUGGAUGUUCUUGUGGGUCAUCGGGCAAAAUGGUAAUUUGACAUUUUGUUGCUACAGUUGUUCUCUCAUGAUGGUCAGGUAGGUGCACAAAAUAAAAAUGAACCACAUCAUACCAUACAAAUGGUUUGCUACUUUAUAGUAUGGACCAAUAUGUGUGAAUACAUGGCUAUUAGAGGUGCAAAAAUUAAUCGAUUCAUCAACAACAAAUCGAUGAGCAGAUUAAUCGACAACUAUUUUGAUAACCAAUUAAUCGUUUAGGACCUUCUUCCCCUUAAACCUUUCUAAAUUAUUGAAAUUAUAACAAACAUAACUUCUUAGUUUUAAAUAUCAGAUUUCUCCAUUAUUGUAUUGUUAAGUCACACUAGGACAUGAACCAAAAUCUGCUUUUACUUUGGAAAACAACAAUUCACGUUUUUGCCAAUUUUCGGACAUCUGUCUGAACUAGCAUUUUAAUAAGGCUGCAACAACUAAUCGAUUGUAUUGAUUAAUAGUUAUAAACAAAUUUGAUAACUGAUACAAUUGUAGACUACAGUGAAGUCAGGAAGCUGUAAUAAAAUAUUUUGGAAGGAAAUAGUCAUCCAUUUCGUCUUCAUUGUGACUUACAACAUGCCUAAAACAACUUCAAGGUAAAUUGUGAAGGUAAUUGAAAAAAGUGACAUUUAUCUAAUUAAUCGUUUAAUUGUCCCAUUAAUCGAUUAUGAAAAUAAUUGCUAGUUGCAGCCCUAAUGGCUAUACAUGGAUACAUGGAAUACUAAUGUAGCAGUAAUGAUGAUCGAUUCAAAGUUUGAGGGACUUUGCGAAGGCAUUUGACUUGUUUUAAAAGCCGAGAGUACUGUCUGUUGAUUAAGCAGGGAGGACGACUGUAACCGAGUUUGUGUUAAACUUUUUGCCACUCAACUGUGUGUCCCUGACCACAGGAGUUCCAUAACAUCUUUAAUGUGUACAAAUGACAGACUUACACUUUAAGAUGAUUGAAAGAGUAAACUAUGAUUUCCUCUCAAACGGAAUGUUUUCAUUCUUAUUAAGACAGAAAACAAAUAUCCAUUUGUGGAUGGCAACAUGAUUUUAGUCGAGGCUACUUGCCAUGCACAUGCGUGUUACUUGCCGUGCAUAAAAAUUUUCUAUAAAUAAAGCGUGCCUGAAUAAAUGCAGCUUUGUCAAUGGAAAUAGUCUGCCAUUAUUUUAUUGUUAUAUUUAACUAA